ACAUGUUGUUUCAACAGAAGCGACUGUGGACAACACGUCCCCCUGAGCUCUUGCAAAGGAGACAAGGGGGAGACAUUGUCGUUCCUCACAUCCUGAGAUGAUGGAAACGACGAGCUGAUAUCCAACUCAUCCGAAAAGAAAGAGACGUGACAUUGAGGCGAAGAUGAAGUGUUCCAGUUGUAAAAAGUUUGUCAAAAAGACUGCCAGGUUCUGCAGUUGGUGUGGACAUUGCCUUACUACCCAGCCUGUGAACAUGACGAAUGAGCGAGAUCCCCUUUCAAAUACCUCGGACCCAGUGCCUUCCCUGCCCGUGGAAGAAUCAAAUGACUCCCCCAAACCGCUUGUUGAAGGGGACUCUGAUGACACGAAGAAACAAAAAAAGAGGAGGAAAAUGGCCCGAAAGAAGACAAAUGAAUCUACGUCACUGAACAAAGAAUCGCUGACCUCUGGACUAUUGUCAAUGGAUGACAACCUGCCAGAUAUACAAGGAGAAUAUUCUGAAAGAGAUUUGAAUACCAACGAAGGGGAGAAUAAUGCAGGCCCACUCACUGAUGCCUAUUCCACACCAGAGACCCAGCCUAGUUCAUUGAAAGCUUACGGCACUAUCCAACCUUCUGAGGGCACAACUUGCAAUUUGAAUACUGAAGAAAGUACGGAAAAUCCAGUUACAGAUAGUUUGUCUAUUGCCACUCCAGAUGACAAAAUCCAUGGGGAGAGAACAGUGCAAAAACCUGCUCAGGCAUCCAAGUCAGUUCAGGCUAAGUCAUCAAAGUCUGUUCAUGUUGAGUCAUCAAAGUCUGAUCAGGCUGAGUCAUCCAAGUCUGAUCAGACUGAGUCAUCCAAGUCUGGUCAGGAUGAGGCAUCCAAGUCUGUUCAGGAUGAGGCAUCCAAGUCUGUUCAGGAUGAGGCAUCCAAGUCUGUUCAGGAUGAAGCAUCCAAGUCUGUUCAGGAUGAAGCAUCCAAGUCUGUUCAGGAUGAGGCAUCCAAGUCUGUUCAGGAUGAGGCAUCCAAGUCUGUUCAGGAUGAGUCCUCCAAGUGUGUUCAGGAUGAAUCAUCCAAGUCUGUUCAGGAUGAGUCAUCCAAGUCUUUUCAGGAUGAGGCAUCCAAGUCGGUUCAGGAUGAGUCAUCCAAGUCUGUUCCGGAUGAGGCAUCCGGGUCAACACAAGUUGGGUCAUCUAAGUCAGCUCAGUUACACUCAAUUUCUUCCACUAAUUUGGGAGAUGAUACUAAACAACAAGAACGUAAAGGGACAAAGUCCACCAAUCAGAAUAUCCUAAGUGAGAAGACCAAGAAGGAUAACACCAAAAAUAAUAAUAAUAAUAAUAAAGGGGAUCAGAAACAAACCAUGGAUACAAAUACGGAUGAUACUCACCAAUCCAAGAAGCAAGUGAAAAGUGGUCCACCCGACCAACAAGGGAAGCAACAACCGACUGAUAAACAAGGCCCUGCUGCUGAAAAGAAGCAACACACUGGUUCAAGCGUUGACACAGAGGCUAAGGUUGAAGGUUCAGGGACUAAGCUGUCAGCUGCUGAGGGAGGAGACGUACCAGAAUGCCCUGAAAACAUCGAAAAGACCGGAGACAAUCAAGAAUCUGAGGACCGCGUUGAACCUUCACCAAAAAUGAUAAACAAUGCAAACCCAACAGUUGCUGCAAGGGACAGGCUCACAAUCUUCUUUCAUGCGGUUUUGCCAAAGGAAUUUGAACUUGAGAAGGCCGACCGAAUAUUUAUCAGAGCUGGCAAACAUCUUGGGACAUGGAACGAGGACUUGGUUGAGGUUUUUACGACCAAUGAUCAUGGGAAGUUUGGACAUUUAGUUGGGGGAAAAUUUGUGACCACAAAAAAAAACACCCUGGAUAACAGCAUACCAUACAAAUAUGUUGUCUACAAGGCCAAAAAGAAAAAAUAUAUAUAUGAAUACAUUUACAAAUUAGAUUCAGAGCAUAUAACAAAUCGAUGUUUGUUUGUGAAGUCCAAACUCCUCAAUGAGGAAGGGGACUGGCAUCAGUAUGAUGACAUCGUCUAUCUAUCCAAGGAUGGAUACAAACACAUAAAUCAGAAGAAUGUCGUCCGAGGCAGAGAGAUUGCAGGAACCAUCAUGCUAGACACAAUAUUUGAUCUCCUUCGGAAUUGGACUGACAUCAACUUGAAGAAUUUCUUCAUCCAAUUGAAACAGUUCUUUGACAUUUAUGGAAACCCAUUUGUGUAUGAGGAGGACACAUCGAAAAAGUGGAACUCUCUCAAAUUUGGAGAGAAGGAAGUCCUGGUGUUGAUGAAACAAUUCAUGCUCAAAAAAGUGAUUCCUCAGUUGAAUAGAGACAGAGAUUGUGAGAGGAGUAUCUUCAUUGAAGAUCCCAUGAGAGCAGCAGUUAUCAUGCUGCAUGUGUGCUUCCAUUAUGGUAUCCAACUUGAUGUGGAACUGCAUAGACUCUGCCAAGCCCUGUGCUUUCCAAAGCUCACCAACGAAGAGUUUCUCCAGUAUUGGAACAAAUUUUCACUUUCUGUCUCAUAUCUCAAAGAUCUGCCAAAGCUGCUGCUAUCGCUGAUCAAUACAGUGAAACAGAAGGGACUACAUUGGUGGAUUUUGGUGCUUCCUCUUCUCCACCUCCUCCAGACUACCUCAAAACCUUUCCAGCCACCUCUCUCCAAGCCUGACCUAUCUUGGAACGGUUUGGAAGGUAUAGGAUUGCACGGAAAAUCCUGGAACAAUCAGGAUAUACAGGAUUUACAAGAACUGAUGAUUCUUAAUAAACAUUUGGUGGUGAUUGACCCACUGACUGCCCGAUCCUGGAUGUGUCUGAUGCCCAUUGAUCAACUGGUUAAGUGCAGCCUCAUUACUAACAUCCAACUGUUGGACAUCCUUCAUAUAUUUGACCAAAAGACUUCUCUCAACAUCACCAACAGCAAUUACAAGAAUAUAUCCGACAUUGUCUCGCAUGUUCAACAGGGUCUUAAAAAGCACAAGUACAGUGCUUUUAGUGUAGCUUACGGCAGAGAAUGUGUCGCAGCUGCGGUGCACUUGCUGGAGAAGAUCUGCAAAGGAGUCAAACCUGCAGGGUUUGGUCGGACCUACACGGAAAUUCCAGUGGCCUGCUUGAAUCUCGUCGCACUGGUUGCAGACUUCCGAGACCAGAACCAGGUGUCUCAAGAUGGGACAGAUGAUGAGCAUUAUGCAAAAGACCUUGAGAUGUUAUAUCAAGCGAUGUCCGUCAUGAGAAAAUGGAUCAGUCAGACCUUCGAAAAGACGUCCAUUUAUACUUCCUACUCCAUCCGAGGCAAUAGUUCUGAAAGUGAAAUUCAAAUUUGGGAAAAUGUAAUCUCGCUCAAUUUAAAAAAUGGAGAUUUUACAAAGGAAUGGAAAACGAUAAUGACAAUGGAUUUGGAGGGCACCUUACAGAAGGUAUCUCCAUUGGCUCAAAUUGAAUUCUACUGCUCAAAGAAUGAAAAACAUCGUCAUUCUCAUCCAAAUGUUGCUGCUGUUAUUGAGAAGUGUGCUCUAGAGGCGGUCACCUCAUUGUGCAAGACAAAGCAGGAGGGGAAUCUUUUUGCAAAGUUUAAACUCAACCGGAAGUUUGGAAAACUCAUUUCAGCCAUCAUUCAGAAGUCAUGGCCAAACAACACUCAAGAAAUUGAUCAGAAUGAGGAAGUUUUUCGACACAUCCUCUCUUGGACGGCUGCCGGAGAUGUAUUCAAACUACUUGGUGCAAAUGAGGAGCCAAUUGAGGAUCUCUCAGAUGAGGCUAAAAACCUAAUUGCGAUCGCAAGAUCCUCCUUCACAGUUAUCACGGAUCAGCUGGUCAAUGGAAACAUUAAGAUCAACCUGCUCAAGUUCAUCUUGGGAAGACGCGAAGCCUUUCUAGAAUUGCUGAAAAUCGAUCUCGCCGAAGAUCCUCAGUAUCAGGACGAGGGAAGAAUGCGCAUUAUGUUGAAGCAUAGAGAGGCUGAAAUGGGAGCUGUGCACAACGAAAAGGAUCUUGUCGAUGUUGUUGUGAAAAUGAGCCACAAACUGAAAGAGCAUAUGACGGUUAAUCUCGGUACCUUGGAAAAAAGUCAACAGAUCACCAUUGAGACCAUGAACCUCAAUAGUUUCAUGGAGGUUCACAAAUUCGGCCAACAGUCUCCCCCAUUUCCUAUUGCGGUAACGUACUACAAACUUAAAGACAUCAGAGAAAUGGCUGUGGUCCUGAACACCUACAGAAACAGCUACUUAUUCAAAGGUUGCUGGGAAAAACAGGCAAGACUAUAUGUAGACCCUGAGAAAACUGGUGUUGCUGAUAAAAUGGCCACACCGAUCAUGAUACGUGAUGACAUAUUCAAGCCCUGUUAUGAUGAGUACCAAAACAUAUACCGUUGCCUGAUGGAUGGCAGCAUAAAGCUUGGGAAAGUUGACACACUCCUCAAAGAUUACACUGGAAAGUACAACGAACUUGAGAAGGACUUUGACAUAAUGUGCAGAGUGGACCCUUCAAAUGACAAACAGUGGAUCAAGCAGAGGGCUCUGCAGAUUCAGCAGUACCACGAACUUCAUCUUGCCGUGGAAUCGGCUCAAGCUAUCAUGCUUGUCAAGGAGACACUGGGUCUUCAAGGUGACUUCAGUAUUCUGCAGACAUUGCUGGGAGUUACAAAUGAAGACUUUAAAGAAGAACCCCUCAACCGAAUUGACGAUAACUUAAAUCAGGCCAAGAUGGUUCUUGUGGACAUCAAUUCCUUACGCAGAAACUGUCUACAACAGUUGGGUCACAAGAGACCAUUUGUCAAUUGGGUAAAAGAAGCCCUAAAAGACAUUAAUGAGCUGAAGGUAUUUGUUGACCUGGCCUCCAUUUAUGCUGGCGAGAAUGCCUUGGAUGUGGAUCGCGUUGCUUUCUUUCACGAUGCAGUCCUUGGCUACUCACCAAUGCUGUACGACCUCAAGAAGGACUCAGGGUUUCAAACCUUCAAGGAUGUGCUGAAUAAACUCUGGAGAGCUCUGGAAAAUGACAGUGACUUGCCUACGAAACUGGUUGACACUGCACGCAAUCUGCAAUGGCUUAAGACAGUGAAGGAGAAUCAUGGCUCAGUGGAACGCUCCUCGCUUUCUUUAGCAUCCUCUAUCAACACCAGGGGCACCUAUGUGAUCAGUGCACGUAAUGUAGAGAGGUUGAGCCUUGACACAGCCUUAAAGCUGCAAAUUCCAGAGCAGCACGGAAAGGAAGAGGAUCUGCGCUGGUACACGCUUGAAGACCUACAGGAGCUCCAGAACAAACUCAUGCUCAUGUCUGGGAAAGGAGACCAGAGUCAGCAUGAGGUGGACCACUUUGCAGAGGUUUUUGCCAAUGUUCAAAGACUAGCUGAGGCUUUCAUUGCUUUGUACACAGCUGGGAACCCUCUAUUCAGAAGCUGGGAAGUGAAAAUCAUUUGCAGCUUAAGCAAUGAACGGUCAAGUAUCCUUAUUGACUUCAAACUUGACGAAGUGGCUGAUGUCAUUGUCGUGGAUGGAAAAAUUGACAUUCAGCUUCCCGAGUUGUGCAAUAAAAUUGAGAACUGCCUCAAUUAUUGGAAGGACUUUGUGGACAAACAAAGAUCCAAACAUUACUACCUAAACUAUUACACAGCAGAACAGAUUGUAUAUCUGUGCAGUAAGCUAUCUCCGCAAAAUGUGGCUGAUUUGGAGGUUGAGGUUUUAAUGAUGCUCUCUUUUGUCAAGCCAUAUUGUACAGCAACAGAUUUAAGAGAGGCCUGGCAUGAAAUGGUCACCAAUCAAGAAGAAACAAUCCAAGCCAUUGAAUUUCACACUUUUGUUGAAGUGCCGGAGCAUUUGAUAGGGGAUUCUUCAAUCACAGGGGACUCAGAUUGUUCCCGAAAAUUUGAUUUACUCUGGAAUAGUUACAUGAAGGACAUGAAUAGUUUUCUUCCACAUAUUCUCGAUAUAAAUGGCCUCGGUAAAUUAUUGGAAAAACUGGCCGACAAGCAAAGUAAAGGGAAUUCAUUCAUAACAAGAGGAAUGCCGAAAUGCCUGACUGCUGGGAAUCCCAACCUCAUUGUCUGCUCACAGGAAGCGGUCUUCAACACUUGCAUCUCCAUUUACAUGAGCGAUGAAAAUGAGGCAUUGCCCACAUAUGACGAAGUCCUACUAUGCAACUCUUCAACAUCUUAUGAACAAGUGGAGCUGUUCUUGAGACGCUGUCUCACCCCUGGCUACAGCGGACGAAAGAUCUACACUCUGCUCUACGGUGACCGUCUGACCUACGACGUGAGCUCCAAAGUCGAGGGAUUCUUCCAGCGAAUGAAAAAGCAAAGGAGAGAAGAUUACAGACUCGUCAUGGUCUGCAGUUCCGAGCGUGAACAUGCAUAUAUUCCCUCAGCCUUCAGUAAAUAUCGCUUGCAAAUGGUCCCUCAGGAGCCUACAGCCAGGAUUCAGAGUUACCUGAGCAGACACUAUAGUGUCCCCGCAGAUGAGUGCAGCGCCGCAGCUGUGUUCAGAGACCGACUCUCUGUUGGAGUUGUGUCAUCGGAAAGAGCUGGCGUGGGUAAAUCCCUCUAUGUGAAGAGACUACAUGGGAAACUGAAAGCGAUCGAGCGAAAGGCCCAGUGGUUAAAAUGCAUUCGCUUGAUUGAGCCAAAGGUGGACGAGAAUGCCAUCCUUCAGUCUCUGCUGGAAAGCACCAAGAAAGAAGACUUGACAAUUUUCCAUUUAGAUGUCACGGCAUCGGUCCAGAAAGGCCUUCACGACUUUCUAUUUAAAUUGCUGAUCCUUCGUUAUCUGAUGGACUCUGAGGGAAUGAUGUGGAAAUGUUGCAACAAGCAGUUGUAUCUCAUUGAAAUCUUGAAAUCACCAUUUCCCUUAAAUGUUUCACGUCAGGUAAGAGCCAAACUAUGAACAGCUUCGUUCAUAGAUUGGUUUCCAAACAUCUUCUGCCGACCACCUCAAGAAGUGUUGAUGCUAGAGAUGGAGAAGAAACGAGGUCCUGCCCCCUUCAACCCUGACCAGCCACUGAUGGAUGAUGAAGAAUUCAGGAGUGAAGCCUUCCAAAGGCCAUACCAAUACCUCACACAAUUCCAUAACCGCAGAGAUCUUGACACCUUCAAAUACAAUGCUGUUGAAGGGUCCCAUGUAGAGUGUCUUCAAAUGCUCCUCAUGUACUGUGGCAUCAUGGACCCCUCAUGGGCAGAGAUCAGAAACUUUGCCUGGUUCCUCAACCUCCAGCUAAAAGACUGUGAGACAUCUGUUUUUUGCAACGUUAAUUUAGUUGGUGACACUCUAAGAGGAUUCAAGAGCUUUGUUGUUGACUUCAUGAUUCUAAUGGCAAAAGACUUUGCCACACCGUCACUCAGCAUUUCUGACCAGAGUCCUGGAAGACUUCAGUUUGACCUGAGUGGCCUGCGUGAUGAGGAUUUGGCCCCUUUUCUGAUCAGGAAGCGGUGGGAGUCAGAACCACACCCAUACAUCUUCUUCAAUGGUGACCAUGUCUCCAUGACCUUCAUUGGCUUCCAUCUUCAGCUAAUGGAUAAAUCUUUGGAUGCCAUUGACCCCUCUUCAAAGAGGAUAAUAAGAAAAGACAUCAUGACCAAGAGCUGUUUGACGUCCCUAACGUUGCAGGGAGUUCCGUUCAACAUCAACUUUGAACAACUACCAAGAGGGGAAAAAAUUGAGAGUAUCUGCCAUGUCCUUGGAAUCCAGCGGCCCCAUGAUCCUGACAAAACAUAUGAGCUCACAACUGACAACAUCCUCAAGAUUUUGGCAAUCCACAUGCGAUUUAGGUGUGGCAUCCCUGUCAUUAUUAUGGGUGAGACAGGUUGCGGUAAGACCAGGCUCAUCAAAUACCUAUGUGAAUUGCAAAGAGGUGAGGUGGCUACCGAGAACAUGAAACUGGUCAAAGUCCAUGGAGGAACAAGUUCAGAUAUAAUCUACACCAAAGUCCGAGAAGCUGAAGCGAUAUCUUCGAAAAACAAAGAAAACUUUGGUUUUGAUUCUGUCCUGUUCUUUGACGAGGCAAACACAACGGAGGCUAUCGGCAGCAUCAAGGAGAUCAUUUGUGACCAUACCGUGAAAGGGGAAAGUUUGAGACUCAACUGUGGAUUGCAAAUAAUAGCAGCAUGCAACCCUUAUCGAAAACACACAGAGGAAAUGAUUACAAAGCUAGAGUCUGCUGGCCUUGGUUAUCGAGUCCGAGCUGAGGAGACAGAUGAAAAGCUUGGUUCCAUCCCUCUCCGCCAAUUAGUUUACAGAGUUCAGGCCUUGCCACCAAGUAUGAUUCCUCUGGUAUGGGAUUUUGGACAACUGAAUGAUAACACUGAGGAAAUGUACAUUCAACAGAUUGUGCAGAGAGUAGUUGGACUCAAAGCAAUCAAUGGAGAAUACAUCAAGAUCAUCACAGAUGUCCUUGCAGCUUCUCAGAGAUAUAUGCGAAAAAGAAAAGAUGAGUGCAGCUUCGUCAGUCUGAGGGAUGUGGAGCGCUGUAUGCAAGCCUUCAUGUGGUUUUUUGAGAACCACGUCAUGUUCUUCACAGAACUUGAAGAGUUUGAGAAAAAACAGCGGGGUCUUACGAAGGAAGUACACCAGAGAGAAAGAAAGGUUCGAGACCCUGUGCUCUGGUCUCUGAUCAUGGCUGCAGGGGUCUGCUACCAUGCCUGCUUGGAAAACAAAGACGAAUACAGACAGGAAUUCUGUAAAAAAAAUGAAUGCACCCCAUUGAGAGUAAUGCAGGAAAUCUCAUUUAUGCAGGAUCUACUUUUAAGUGGGGUGCCUAUGGGUGAAAACAAUUGCAAAAACAGUGCACUCAAAGAGAAUGUCUUCAUGAUGGUCCUAUGCAUUGAACUUAGGAUUCCCUUAUUUUUGGUUGGUAAACCUGGAAGUUCAAAAUCUCUCUCUAAAACUCUUGUGGCAGAUGCAAUGCAAGGCCAAGCAGCUCACAGUGAGCUCUUCAAAAAGUUUAAACAAAUCCAUUUGGUGUCUUUCCAGUGUAGCCCCCAUUCAACCCCAGAGGGCAUCAUUAAGACAUUCAAGCAAUGUGGUCGUUUUCAAGUAGGCAAGAACCUAGAUGAGUACAUUUCUGUUGUGGUAUUGGAUGAAAUUGGGUUGGCCGAAGACUCUCCUAAAAUGCCGCUUAAAACACUUCAUCCUUUACUAGAAGAAGGAUGCAUUGAUGAUGAACCACUGCCUCACAAGAGAGUUGGCUUCAUCGGCAUCUCCAACUGGGCUCUAGACCCUGCAAAGAUGAACAGAGGCAUCUUUGUCUCCCGAGGUGACCCUGAUGAGAAAGAGCUCAUUGAGAGUGCAAAAGGCAUAUGCUCAUCUGAUGCAAUACUUUUGGAGGAAGUCAGAGAUCUCUUCAAGCCCUUUGCUUUGGCCUACUUGGAUGUCUGCCAAAAACAAGGAAAGGGCUUCUUUGGUCUUCGUGACUACUACAGCUUGGUGAAGAUGAUUUUUGCAAUAACCAAAGGUACUGGAAAGAAGCCCAGUGAGCAGAAAAUUGUUGAGGCAGUGUUGAGAAACUUCAGUGGAAAAGACAAUGACGUACUCACUGUUUUCACUGCUAAGCUUAACAUGACACCCAAUCUUGACAGCAUUGAUGUGAAUGACCUUGUGAGGCAAAACAUUUUGGCUAGUGGACAGGAGGUAGAGUGCAGAUACUUGUUGGUUCUCACUAAGAAUUAUGCUGCCCUGCAGAUCUUGCAGCAAACUUUUUUUUCAGAAAACAAACAGCCUGAAAUAAUAUUUGGCUCCAGCUUUCCAAAAGAUCAAGAGUACACCCAAAUAUGUCGCAACAUCAACCGAGUGAAGAUCUGCAUGGAAACGGGGCACACUGUUAUCCUCCUGAACUUGCAGAACCUUUACGAAAGUCUCUAUGAUGCUCUUAACCAGUACUACGUCUACCUCGGAGGGCAAAAAUAUGUAGACCUUGGACUUGGAACCCACCGUGUCAAAUGCAGGGUGCAUAAUGACUUCAGACUCAUCGUCAUCGAGGAAAAGGAGGUUGUCUACAAGCAGUUCCCAAUACCACUCAUCAACCGGCUGGAGAAGCACUACCUGGACAUCCACACUGUCCUCAAGAAGGAGCAGAAGAGUACUGUGAAGAAGUUGGAAACAUGGGUGGAGCAGUUUGUUUCUCUCAACAAACACACCGUGGGCCCUCAGGGGUACAAAUACCAAGCACCAGAUGUCUUCAUUGGCUACCAUUCGGACACAUGUGCUUCAGUGAUUCUUCAAGUGAUUGAAAAGAGCAGGCAGGAACUGGAAACCUCUGAAGCAGACAUACUGCGAGCAUCUACACUGGUGCUGCUAAACUGUGCCACACCUGACUCAAUUGUGCGUCUGGAUUGCACAAUGCUCCCCAAAGUUGAAAGUGAACGAUUGUCACGAGUCUACUUUGAAGAGCAGAAUACCAGUUGUUUGGCUGACUUCAUCAUUGCUCACAUGAAGCAGGAUACCCAUUGGCAUGCCUCCUUCACUGAGGUAACUACUUUCUCCAGGCUCCUUACAGCCCCAGACUUGGAACAACUGGAGCAGUUACCUCAUACUGUGGAGCUGCUAUCCUUGCAGCAGUUUGAAACAGAGCAGUCUUUCCUCAAGAAGAUCAGGCUUUUCUUCACAACUCAAAAUGAAGGAAACAAUGAUUCUGGCAACAAGAUCCUCAUUAUCCAAAGUGAUUUUGAAUCUCACAGUGCACAUCUUGUUGCAUCUGCAAAGUAUUCAUCCCUGAAUGAAAUUACCAAGAUCAAAAAAAAUACUGUGGAGAACAAUAUAUUUGUCUACUUUAUCACCAAACUGCCAAGGAUGGAAGGAGGGACUUCUUACGUUGGCUUUUAUGGAGGGCCAUGGAAAUCGGUUCAUAUCGAUGACCUGCGGAAAUCCAAGGAUAUCGCUUCAGAUAUCAAGGCUUUGCGUAACCUGACAAUCAGUGAACUGUUUGAUGAAAACAGAACACAGUCCAAAGCUAUGGAGCAUGAUGACAUGGAGUAUUCUGAUGCAUCACAGAACAUCACAGAGGUUCAAAACCAAGUUGGAUGGGACUUCGUCCUGGACACCACAGCUCUGCUACGUAGCUGUGUGCAGAGUGCAGUGGGCAUGCUAAGGGACCAAGUGGAGAAUGGCUACCGCAGUACUAAAAGAGUGGAAAUCUUACUGACCCUUCUCAACGACAACGAAGACUUCAGAGGCAAAUUUCUUCGGAUUGUGAAGAGGCGCCUUCAAUCCUUAUUGUUGACCCAGAAUUGCAACCCUCAUUUGUUGAUCAAAAGCAACUGGGUGAUAAAGGAGUCCUCAAAUAUUGAUGCCAUACAGGAAGGAGGAACAUUCAGGCACACACUAUGGAAGCGUGUCCAGGCGGUUGUCAUUCCUUACCUAGCCCAGCUGAUCUCCAUCAUCGACCGAGAUCAAAAUCUGGACAUUCUGGUCGACUGCAAUGAGCCCCUCAAGACGUUGUGGCUUGACAUCUUUGGCAAAGAGAAGCUUUUGGACGUGCCAUCGCUGACAAUUGAUCUCAGCUCUGCAGCAAGAACCAUCCUCGUGCAAAACUGCUUUGCUGUAGACAAGAACAUCAGCUGCAGCAUGCCCUUCAGUUGGAGGCUAAGGGACUACCUAGAGGAGCUCUGGGUUUAUGCUCUCCAGCAUGAAGGCCAAACGCAGAGUCAGUUUGAUGAGUUAUUUUGGAAGACUCACUUUGGCCAAUCCAUCGCAAAAGCAAGCCUGGAGAUGCAGUCAGACUUUUUCCAGAGAUACCUACAGGACUUUAUCUCCAUGACAAUGAAUGUUAGAUCCCAGGAAAACCUUCAGCUCCUUUGCAGCGCAUUAAACUGCUGUGUAAAUGAGAUGCAGUCGCGGACAAUGGAGACGCAUAAGGAGGGUACCUCUCUUCCCUGGGUCCAUGCUGCCUACUACGAGUUUAAGAACCGACUGCAGAACUUCGCCAGAAUGAUCAACCUUGAGCCUAGGAUUACCCAGGUCCUCCUGAACAAGCAUGCUCAGGAAAGGGAAGAGCUGGUUCUUGAUAUCUAUGCUGCCAUCGCCUGUGUUGAGUUUCUGGAAUCCACGCAACUGGAAACUGACGGCCAGAGGCAAGCCUGGCUUAGGCAGGUGAAAAAGCUCCAUGUUCCCAUUGAGUUGAUAUGCUCUCACGGCAGCGUGAUGCACUAUGGAGACAAGAGCAAGACAAUGGUCUGCAUUGUUCAGACCGGGUGGAACCGCAUUUUUACCAUGUCGCUGUUUGUGGAGCACUUGUUGCUGGGAGAUGAGGAGGCCGAGAUGAAUCUGAAUCCUUUGGUCCUGGAACACAUGAGAAUUCUUGGGCAGACCCUGAAGAAGAAUUCAGAUCUCAAAAAGCAGCAGGCAUUUGAGGAGGUGAUUGUUGUACUCAAAGCCUGUAAAGAUAAAGUGGUACAAAGUAACUUCAGGUUUGGCCUCCAGCUAUGCCCUGUGUGUAAGGUGGACCCUCAAGAUCCCCUCAGCCUGCCGUGUGACCACAUCUACUGUUCGACCUGCAUCAAACAGUGGCUGGUACCUGGUCAGAUGUACUGUCCUUUGUGCAUGCAGGCAGUUCCUGAGAACUUCUCCACAACGUCUUCUGAGGAAAUAAGGAUUCAAUUCAAUCAACAUGCAAAGUUCCGGACGCAGUGCAAUGCUUUCUUCAUAGACCUGGUUUCCACCAUGUGUUUUAAGGACAACACCCCACCCUGUUCGUCCAUCAUCCACUAUCUGCUGUCACUGGUCAUGUUGGAGGCGGAUCCCCUCCCUAUAUUCAGAGGGGAUCGACACAUUUUGACCAAGGUCCUCUCACCGUUUGACGAGUCUGUGGACAAAAACCCAGUGGUGCGUUCCUUUGUGCUCAAACUGCUGCUCAAGUUCAGCUUUGAGGAUGUGAAAGGCUAUCUGCAGCAGCAUCUGACAGAAGUGGAACAAAGCAUCAUCUUGGAAAAGACUGAUAAAACCGAACUGUACUCCAUGUACAUUAACUGCCUGGAGGACUCCAUGUUUGAGCGGAGGCAGUUCAGUUGCGUUGCCGAGCAACAGGCCUACCUGCAGGACGAGAGGGUCUUUCUGUCCAGCUGCACACGUGCAGCAUGCCCAGACAGCGCUACUGUAGAGUAUCUGCAGCAGGUGGCCAGGGUGCGCAUGGGCCUGGACAUGGCCGCCACUCUGCUGGUACAACAAAUGGAAGGAGCCCAAAGUGAAGGCCAGGCCUCAAUCAAAGACUUUUUGGCCACUGUGAUGGCGCUGUGUAGUCAGAGCAACAACGACUGGUUCCGCGUCUACCUGAUCCGCAAGAUCGGCAAAGAACACGGCGUGGAGUUUGUCCAGAGUCUCCUCAAAGUGGAGGGUGUGCACUGGGUCUUCCCUAAAGAAGUUCUUCAAAAGAGUGAAGAAGGCAGCCCCAUUGAUCAUUUCCUCGUGUGCGGAGAGGACUACAAGACCAUUCGAGAUGCUCUGGAUACGGUGCUGAUAGAGGGCAAAGUGGAUGUGCUGGAUAAAGCGUACGAGACGUGCAAGUGCUUGCCACAAAAAAAGGCGGUGUAUCUUCUGUUGGCCCUCUUCAGAGAAGUCACCUCUCUCUACGGAAAUGCCAACGGUAUUCACCAUCCCAAACCCGAGCAAUGCCGAGUCUUGGUGACGCACAUCGAUGCUUGCGGACUCCUGGUUACCGCAGAGUCAAAGGACUUUGCGAAGGCCUUGGUGGCCAACCGUCUGGGGGCCUUGGCCGUUGUACCCGGGGCCCCCGGAGGGCACUCUGUGGUGCUGGAGCUGACGGUCCACAUGGCUUCGGUCCUGCUCUGCGCCAACCAGCGGAUCCUCAUUCCCCUUCAGAACCUGGCCCUGUCAACGGGGAACAUGCGACAAGCCUUCUUGCCCACCAUGCCAGAGGACAUGUUGUUUGUAGCUCAACAGGCCAUGGGACGGGUGUCGUGGUACUAUUGUCCAAAUAAGCACCCCUGCGCCAUCGGAGAGUGUGGUCGACCCUGGGUAAAAAGCAAUUGUCCUGACUGUGGCGCUGAAAUCGGAGGGACCAACCACAUACCUGUGGCUGGUUUCACGGAAGAUGUAGUGCAGGGCGACCGCACACAGAGGGGCCACGUCCUCGGAGACCCGGAGCGCAGGGACAACCCGGACACCCUGGACACCAAGAACAUGUCCCCAGGGCCCUUCACCCUGAUGCGCAUGCUCACCCACAUGGCCAUGCUUUACGGAGCCAUCAUCAACCAACAGCUCGUCGCUCAGAUCAUCAGACCUCCGGUGGCUGAUCCAGGAGCCUUCCUGCUGGCCCACCUGCUGAAGGACAUGGAGCAUCUGACCAAGUCUCUGGGGAAGGGGACGGACGACACCAUCCACACGGUUCACCUGUUGCUCUGCAGCCUGCUGGAGCCCCACCGGCCUCAACGAGGGCCUGAUCCGUAUGACGACCAUCUCUCCACCAAAGACCACAGGGACGGCUGGGAGAAGUCAGCCAGCAACACCAUCAUCAUACCUCAACUGAAGCACCUGGACAGACGGCUGAAGGAGGCCAACGACCUGGUCCGUGCCGACGCCCGGGUGUCCCGUGACCCCGUCUUCAGGCUUAUGUUCUGUGACCCGCAUCUCUUCCUGGCCUCCCUGCCCCUGUCCCUGAUCCACGGCCAGGCGGUGUGGAGCUGCAGGAAGGAGCUCUCCCUGCAGGGCCUCACGCACAUCGUGGAGCAGCACGACGGCAAAGACUCGCUGCCCCUGCUCUGGAGGUUCCUCCAGAGGGAGGCACAGCUGCGCUUCGUGAAGUUCCUUCCAGACAUCCUAACGCUCCAGAAGGACCUGGUGAAGAAGUUUCAGAACAUCAGCGACCUGCCCUUCAGAACUAUCGCAGACUUUCUCAACAGUCAACAAGUUUCACGGAGAGAUUGGUAUAAGAGAGGCAUCACAAUCGUCCUGACAACCUGGAAUCAGCUCAGGGUUUCCUUGGCAACUAAUGGAGAGAUCAAGAUCCCGGCAGAGCUGUGUGAGGAAGACCUGGACUUGAACAGUGAUUUCAGGCUGCUGUUGCCACAGAGACAGGGCCCAGGCCUGUGCUCCACAGCCCUGGUCAGCUACCUGAUCGCCCUUCACAAUGAGAUCAUCACAUGUGUGGACAAGCACACUGGAGAACAGACCAGCUACGAGGUGAGCCCCGCCGACCUGACGGACCAGCAGGUGAUCCGCUACGAGCUGGACCAGGAGCUGAUGCCGCUGGUGCUCGCCAACAGCCAGUACAGCCUGGAGCGAGGCAAGGAGACGCUGCACGAGUACGACCUGGCCAAGAUCCAGCAGCAGGUCCUCACCCACUUCCUGCAGGGCCGGCCAAUCAUCACCCUCCAGGGCAUUCCGACCCUGGUGAACAGACACGAGCGGGACUACGCGAUCAUUCUGAAGGACGUCAAAGGGAAAGUAGAACAGGAAGCCCUCCAGAGCCGGCCGGCGUCCCGCCUGGCGGCGGAGCUGCGGUCGUACAGCGAGGUGUGCGAGGCCCUGACGGCGCUGGAGGUGGCCCUGGGCUUCCUGGCCAUGACGGGGGGGGACCCCGACAUGCUGCUGUCCUGCUACCUGGAGGAGGUGCUGCAGAUGAAGGAGCAGACAGCCCCACAGGUCCUCAAGGCCCUGGCUGUGUGCAGGUUGAGGCACUGUGUGGCCCUGUGGCAGCUCCUCACCUCGCUCAAGUCCCAGAACAUGAUGCGGCUCAAGGGGGAUCCGUUCGCGGCGUUCCCCGAGAAGUACAAGCUGCCUCUGAGCGAUGAGGACCGCAGGCUGCUGUCGGGGUUCAUUGUGAAGACCGUCGCCGACGGCUUCCUGCUGGAGAUGCACGAGUUCCUCCUCCUGAAGCUGAAGAACCCCAACGCCCCCGAGGAGUACCGACCGGACUGGGGGCUGAGAGACACGGUGGUGUCCUACAUGGAGCGCAAAGACCUGGAUGUUUCUCCUGAGGUGGAAGACUUGUUUCCAGAAGAGAUCUGCCUCUCCCAUUACAUAGAGGCUUGGAAGUUCAGUGUGGUCUUCAAACAGGAAAAUAGCAGUCAGAGAUUUUGACGGUGAAGUGAUCGAUCAGGGAUAUCUCUUUCCUAGAACAGCUCAGAUAAUGGUGACAUUCUAUUUUGAUAAACAGCGAAAGGAAGAAAAGAAAGAGAAAACAUGCAUGAGAGAUGGGGUUGGUUUUACCCGCAGCAAGCAGUUGAAUAUGAGUGUAAAACAGGAACAAUUCAAAAUAUAUAUUUUUGUUUUGUUAGAAAUUUAGAAAUCAAGAUAGAUUUAAUAUUUUUCUUUCAAUAUCAUUGAUACUUUUUUAAUUUCAUACCUGCUUCUUACUUUUUUUUAAUUUGAUUGAGGCUAGAAUUCCACCCGCUCCAGCCCAAGGUGGCUCUCACAAAAGCUAACCAUUUUGGACAUUGCGGAGCCUAACAAGCUCUAAAUUUAACCUAGAACACAAUGUUAAGGUUAAACAGUUGCAGUAUUUCUUCUUUCAUUGUUGCUAAAAUGAUUAAUCGAUUGGAAAUAUGAUUGUUAUGUGUCAGGCGUUUGUUUGUGGAGACCCCCGUUUAUAUGCCUAGAGGCUAGUUGCGGAGUACAAGCCUCAUCAAUAUGUGAGCUUAUCUCGAAUAAAGUCAAAACACUUUUUCAAGUUACAAACAGACACACCCACACACACACAGCUGAGCUAUUCUUUUUUUCUCAAAUGUAUUCAAACUUGUAUCACUUUAGGUAUUGGUUUUACUCAUACACUUAAUUUGUUUCCAACCAUUUUACAUUUUUUAAAUGGUUUGCAUGAUUACAUUAUUUACUCCACUUUUUAAAGAUAUCUUUAUUCGUAUUCAUAUCAUUUUUUAGAAGAAUUUGGCAAAUUUUUUACAUAUCAUACCAAAUGGAUGCUUUAUUUUAACUCAUGCCAACCUGUCUAUCAUAAAAUUCUAAUUGUAUUCACAGAAUUUGUUGAACAUAUAAUCCUAAUUAAAAUAACCAUCUUGGUUUUCUGAUUGUCA